AUGACUGAUUCUACUGCCCAGACCGUUGCGGCCACUUGCCUGGACACAUGGGUCGCCCGUUUCGGUCUUCCCAACGAAGUUGUCACUGGCCGUGGUCAGCAGUUUGAAAGUGCCCUCUCCACGGCAUUCACCAAACUACUCGGAAUUACCCGACUGCGCACAUUAUCCUAUCACCCCGCAUGCAACGGUUUGGUCGAGCGUUUCCAUGGUUUGGUCCAGCGUCACCUCAAGCAGGCCAUCAUGGCGCAAGACGGCCGCCAUACCUGGACGGACAGGCUCCGCUUGGUCCUUCUGGGCAUCGGGUCCGCCGUAAAAUCCGACCUCGGCUGUUCCACAGCAGAGUUAGUCUACGGCGUUCCCCUAUGCCUUCCGAGUGAGGUGUUCACUCCCACAGUCGACCCUCCUCCGGACCCGUCCGCUUUCGUCACCGGCCUCCGCCAAGCUUUAGCUACUCUUCAGUUCACCCCCACGCGCACCACUUUCGCCAAGACAUCUUUCGUGCCUUCCGAGCUCCACACUGCAUCACACGGUUUCCUGCGCAACCGACCGGCUGCGUUGCGCCCUCGAGCCCCCCUACACCGGUAA